GAUUGAAUGUAUCAUUUAGGUGUCAGUAAUUCGUUGACGUGUAGCAUUGUUUUAUAAAAAAACAGGAAGAUGUUUAAAAAAUUUGACGAGAAAGACAGUGUUUCUGGUAUACAACAAUUAAAAUCAUCAGUUCAGAAAGGAAUUCGUUCAAAACUCUUGGAACUUUAUCCUCAUUUGGAGAGUCACGUGGAUGCUAUUAUUCCAAAGAAGGAAUCUUUUCGAAUUGUAAAAUGUCAUGAUCACAUAGAGAUCAUAGUAAAUACAGCAGGAGAUCUUAUGUUUUUUCGUCAACGCGAAGGACCUUGGAUGCCCACUUUAAGAUUAUUACAUAAAUAUCCAUUUUUUUUACCAAUGCAACAAGUUGAUAAAGGUGCUAUCCGGUUCGUUCUUAGUGGAGCAAAUAUUAUGUGUCCAGGUUUAACGUCGGAAGGUGCAAAGAUGACAUCUGUAGAAAAAGGAACAGUUGUUGCUGUUAUGGCUGAGGGCAAGCAACAUGCUUUAGCUGUUGGUGUUACUACAUUAUCAACUGAAGACAUUGUUAAAGUGAACAAAGGAGUGGGUAUAGAAAAUUGUCAUUACUUGAACGACGGAUUGUGGCAAAUGAAACCUGUGAAGUAAAAGACUGAUUGUACAUUGUUGAAGAUUUAAUAAUGUGCGAAAACAUCUUG